AUGCCUUUCAAGCCCGUCGAACACCCGAAAUGUCCGAAAUGUGGAAAAUCCGUCUAUGCAGCUGAAGAGAUGUCCGCCGGUGGUUACAAAUGGCACAAGUUCUGCUUUAAAUGCACAAUGUGUAACAAAUUGUUGGAUUCGAUGACAUGCUGUGAACAUCAGGCGGAGUUGUUCUGCAAACAGUGCCAUUGUCGACGGUAUGGCCCAAAGGGUGUUGGCUUUGGGAUCGGAGCCGGUUCACUGACUAUGGACACCGGAGAGCAGUUCGGGAAUACCGAAGUUGACAUGACGUCAGUCAAUACCUAUAUGUGCAACAAAUUGCUCGACUCGUGUACUGUCGCUCCACAUGAGGCAGAGUUGUACUGUAAACAAUGUCACGGACGGAAGUAUGGACCAAAGGGUGUCGGUUUCGGAUUGGGAGCUGGCUGCCUAACUACCGAUUCUGGAGAGAAAUUCGGCGGAGUCAGAGAAACCAAUAGACCGAUGACUGCCGAGGCGUUCACUGCUCCAAUCAAUCCAUCACACAGCUAG